AUGUACCGCCUGUCUGCAUCUGCGUCGCGUCUUCCCGCGUUCUCGCGCGCGCUCGCAACCCACGCCUCGCCUUCGGCGGUCGCUGCGGCUGCGCCGACGCCUUCAAAGACCCGUCACGACUGGUCGCGCAACGAGAUCCAGAAGAUCUACGACUCUCCGCUCCUCGAUCUUGUCUUCCGGGCUGCGAAUGUGCAUAGGUUGCACCAUGAUCCAAGCAAGAUUCAGCUUUGCACUCUUAUGAAUAUCAAGACUGGUGGUUGUAGCGAGGAUUGCUCGUACUGCUCGCAAUCCUCCCGGCACAGCACGUCGACGAAGGCAUCAAAACUGGUGGACAUUGAGCCGGUUCUGGCAGCGGCACGUCAAGCAAAGGAGAACGGCAGCACGCGGUUCUGCAUGGGUGCGGCGUGGAGAGAUCUCGCGGGCCGCAAGCGCGGCUUCGAGCGCAUUCUGACGAUGGUCCGCGAAGUGCGCGGCAUGGGAAUGGAGGUCUGCACCACGCUUGGCAUGCUUUCCCCCGAGCAGGCUCGGCAGCUCAAAGAAGCUGGUCUCACGGCCUACAACCACAAUCUCGAUACAUCCCGCGAGUUCUACCCCAAGGUCAUCACAACGCGCUCCUACGAUGACAGGCUCGACACGAUCUCUGCCGUUCGCGAUGCUGGCAUCAGCGUCUGCUCGGGCGGCAUCCUUGGCCUCGGCGAGACCGACGAAGACCGCGUCGGCUUGAUUCACGAAGUGUCCAGCAUGCCCGAGCACCCGGAGUCCUUCCCGGUCAACGCCCUCGUCCCCAUCCCCGGCACGCCGCUUGAAGGCAAUGAGCCUGUCCAGCAUCAGACACUCCUGCGCACCAUCGCUACCGCCCGUAUCGUUCUUCCCACUACCAUCAUUCGCCUGGCAGCCGGCCGCCAGACACUGAGCGAGAAUGAGCAAAUGAUGUGUUUCAUGGCCGGCGCAAACGCCGUAUUCACCGGCGAGCAGAUGUUGACGACGCCCUGUUCGCCGUGGGACGAGGAUAAAGCCAUGAUGUCCCGUUGGGGUCUUGAGGGCAUGGCGUCGUUUGACCAGAAGAACGUGGCGCUUAAGGAGGGCGCGAGGCUGGACCCUGCUCCUACAGUUGAGGCUACCGAACAAGUGUCGGCAGCCGCCGCUAUGCUGUAG